AUGACAUGUCGCCACUACUCACAUGCAUCCAAAGACGUCGGGGACUUGACGUCGGCGGCCGGAAUCCGCAGGUACCUGGACCCCCACCCCCGGAUCCCAGCCGCUUCGCUGCAAGGAUUCUGUACAACCCUCCGAUUCUCCUCGCAGUCUGAUUGUCAGGGUCCAUGA